AUGGAAGGACACACUCAUGAGAUCGCUGAAGUACCAGAGGCGGCUAGAGUCAUUACGAUGGCCUUGUCCAUGAUAACGAUCAGCGUACUGGCCAUCUGCAUCACUCGGCGGAUACAAUUCAUUCACAACUUCAAGAAAAUCUCGGUGACGAAUGCCUUGAUCAUUGCAAUAUACAUCGAUUCGUUCCUGUUCAUCUUCUGUACGGCCGUACUGUCCAAAGCAUAUUCGUUGAACCAAUCCGCUGGUAUCUGCGAUGGAGCCAUUCUGCUAUGCCUGCUCUGUUACAUGACUACCAAGAUUGAUGAAGAGCAAGCUUUGGCUGUUCAACUUUUCGGCGUCAUAUGCCCCUAUGUUGUCUUGGUCAUUCUCAACUUCGUUUUCCGCAUCGCAUACAUCAACGAGAAGGGUGUUUGCGUUAUUGGAAUGAAGAGGCGCGCUCUUGUGCCACUCAUCACGUUCGACGUCCUCCUCAAUGUCUACUUGACAUCUCUCUUCUUGCAUCCACUCCGACUCCUGUUCACUGUUUGCGUCUUGCACUGGGCAACAGCUAUUGAUAAACAAGACCGAACCACAACUUCUGGCUCUCAGAGACCCAAGCACAUCUCUGAUUCUAGAGCCAACAAGGAGAGUCCGGAUUUGAGUGUCCUGAGUUCACAUGCGAUCGGCAUAAAGACCCAGCAUGUGCGUGAAGUAGACACCGAGUCCUACAAUAUCGACAGCGAAAGUGGCAUUUGGACAGAAAGCCAGGAAAGGAUUGUAAAGUCUGACAGUAUUCAAGAUUGA